AUGCAUACUACCAAAAGUCUCUCAUCCCUCCUUCUCCUCGCCACCACAUUUCUCGUCUCCCAGAUCCCUUCCGCGGGCGCCAAUCCUUUGCCCCGUGCUCCUUCCAUCCCUCCUGCGCCUGCGGAUCCGAAGAAACCCGCUGGUGGUGAUGGCAUCGGUCCCUAUAAAUCCCAAAGCCCUGGCAUAGGCGACCGCCUCGACAAAGCUAAAUUCUAUACCAUUGCCGUCACCGCCGGCGAACUCAACCUUGUUAAUGCUGAGCGUGGCAUGCGGCACUACCUUGGAAACUCUGGUGACGAACUGAAUGUCACUCCGCAAUCCAUGAUGAAGGGCUUGCCGAAGUUUCGAGAUUCCGUCAAGGCCAUGGCGCAGAAUGAGGCUACAGCGACGUAUAAUAGUAUUUCGGGUGCCACUGGGGAAAAGGCAUUCUCGAGCUCUUGGGAGGUCUUUACUGCUACGAAGGCUAUGAGCUGGGAUUGGUAUUUUGCUAUUGGCAGCUUUUCGUACAGUGUUACAGGGGUUGUGACAAAAACUAAGGAUGGUGGAUCGCUGAAGUAUCGUGUCCAUAUUUUUGACAGGUAUAACUGGGAUCAAGGCAAAUCGGUGGAUAUUGGUCCAUUCCAUUUUGAAGAUAAAGAGUUGGGGAAUUUGCAUUUGAAGGGGUUGGCGAGGGAGUAUACGGUUCGUGGGUCGAGCGGGGUGAAUGAGGUGGAUAAGUUCAAGCCAGGAACCGUAAUUCCGCCACCCAGCACGGGGGGAAGAGGGUAA